AUGGCGGCGGCGCCGAGCCGCCUACGUCAUCAGCGGUGCGCCGCGCGUGCCGGGGAGGGCAGAGGGCGGCGGCGCGCGGCGGCCGCUCCGGCGGGGCGGGGGCGCGCGGCGGGGGCGGCGCGGCCCAACAUGGCGGCGGCGGCGGCGGAGGCGGCGGAGGCGGCGCUGGGGCCUCGUUCGCCGCCCCCAAGAUGUCGGCGGCGGCCUGGUCGCGCCCGGCGUGACGUAGUCAGGCCCCGCCGCCGGGAGGGAGGCGGGGGAGCGGCCGGAGCGGAGCAGGAGGCGGUGGCGGCGGCGGCGGCGGCGGCGGGACCGGCGGGGCCCCCGGCGGGGGAUUUAAAGGGACCAUGUCCCCGUCGCGGCGGCUGCUGUGGAGGCCGGAGCCGGGCAGGAGGCGGCGGCGGUUGCAAGAGCGGCGCUGCCGCUGAGGAGAAGCAGCCCGGCGGGCCCGGCCCCGGGGGACCGGCGGGGUGA